AAAUAAAACUCUGUUUAAAACCAAAAUACCUUCUUUUCACUUUUUUGUACCCUUUUACGUCAAAUUGCUAACUCCAUUAUUUGUCCUCAGAUCACAUGGUUGUCUUUGCCCUCCCUGGGAACACAUUGUAUGGGCGCCCAUGGUACAAAAGUAUCGUGGGGGCCUAGGCGUGAGGAGACAUGUCCGUCGCCUCUGACUCAUUCUCUGAGGAGGAGCGCAGCCUAUUCCGUCCAUUCACACGUGAGUCGCUCGCCCAGAUCGAGCUUCGGAUUGCUGAAGAAUAUGCCAAAAAGAAGGAACUCGAAAAGAAAAGAGCUGAAGGAGAGAUUCGGUAUGAGGACGAGGACGAAGAUGAAGGGCCACAACCAGAUCCUACACUGGAGCAAGGACUACCCCUUCCCGUUCGACUCCAGGGUAGUUUUCCACCAGAACUCGCCAGCACACCACUUGAAGACAUCGAUCCUUUUUACCAUAACCAAAUGACUUUCGUAGUAGUAAGUAAAGGCAAGGACAUAUUUCGGUUUAGUGCAACAAAUGCUCUUUGGAUACUCGAUCCCUUCAAUCCAAUCCGACGAGUGGCUAUUUAUAUCUUAGUACAUCCUUUGUUCUCUCUUUUCAUCAUAACUACCAUCCUUGUCAACUGCAUCCUUAUGAUAAUGCCCACCACACCCACCGUUGAAUCAACUGAAGUGAUUUUCACCGGAAUCUACACAUUUGAAUCAGCUGUGAAGGUGAUGGCCAGAGGUUUUAUACUUCAACCGUUCACCUACCUUAGAGAUGCAUGGAACUGGCUCGACUUCGUAGUCAUAGCUUUAGCUUAUGUGACAAUGGGUAUCGACCUCGGAAAUCUAGCUGCCUUAAGAACAUUUAGGGUACUCCGGGCUCUGAAAACAGUAGCCAUCGUACCUGGUUUGAAGACUAUCGUAGGAGCAGUUAUCGAGUCCGUAAAAAAUCUCCGUGAUGUGAUAAUUUUAACAAUGUUUUCACUUUCCGUUUUUGCGUUGAUGGGUUUGCAAAUCUACAUGGGCGUCCUCACGCAGAAGUGUAUCAAAAGAUUUCCAAUGGAUGGAUCUUGGGGUAAUCUCACAGAUGAAAACUGGGAAAUGUUCAACCAAAACAAAAGCAAUUGGUACUUUGAUGAAGAGAAAGGGGAAAUACCACUAUGCGGGAAUUCUUCAGGUGCAGGGCAGUGUAAGCCUGGUUACAUGUGUCUUCAAGGAUAUGGUGACAAUCCUAAUUAUGGCUACACUAGCUUCGAUACCUUUGGAUGGGCCUUUCUGUCUGCCUUUAGAUUAAUGACUCAGGAUUAUUGGGAAAAUUUAUACCAGCUGGUUUUGAGAUCGGCUGGCCCAUGGCACAUGUUAUUUUUCAUCGUUAUAAUAUUUUUAGGAUCGUUUUAUCUAGUUAAUUUGAUAUUAGCUAUUGUCGCUAUGUCGUACGAUGAGUUGCAGAAAAAAGCUGAAGAGGAAGAACAGGCAGAAGAAGAGGCAAUCAGAGAGGCAGAAAAAGCAGCACAAGCAAAGCAGGACCGCGCAGACGCUCGUGCGGCAGCAGCUGAAGAAGCACGUGAAGCUGCAGCAGCAGCUGCGCUUGCAGCUGAAGCUGGGCCGGACAUUGUCAAGUCGCCAUCGGACUUCUCCUGCCACAGCUACGAACUGUUCGUGGGCCAGGCCAAGGGACACGACGACAACAACAAGGAGAAGAUGAGCAUUCGAUCUGAAGGACUUGAUUCUGUGAGUGAGCAGAGAAGAAUACCUACUAAUCCCACCAAGAUGCGGAAAGUCAGCGCUGCAAGUCUCAGCCUUCCUGGGUCCCCCUUCAAUCUGCGUCGAGGCUCCAGAGGAAGCCACCAGUUCACGUGUAUGCGUAGCAAUCGGCGAAUGGUGCCACCGCCUGGAGACCGCAAGCCCCUGGUACUAUCCACUUAUCUAGAUGCUCAGGAACACCUUCCAUACGCCGAUGAUUCCAACGCUGUUACGCCCAUGAGCGAGGAAAAUGGGGCCAUGGUGGUGCCCAUUUACUAUGCUAACCUGGGUUCCCGUCAUUCAUCCUACACGUCACACGCGUCCAGGAUGUCCUAUACUUCCCACGGCGAUCUUCUGGGUGGUUUAGGAGGAAACGGUAAAGUGAUGACCAAGGAAAGCCAGUUGAGAAUCAGGUCCAUGCGAAAUGGCCCCACAACCACUGCUCCUACGAACAACUACACUGAAUAUGCUCACAGAACAAAAGGAGAUUACGAUGGACCAACAGGGUUGUGUGAGGGCAAACUGAAGCACACUGACAAUCCAUUUAUAGAUAAUAACCAAAGACAAACUGUGGUUGAUAUGAAAGAUGUGAUGGUCUUGAACGACAUUAUUGAACAAGCAGCUGGUAGACAAAGUGGAGCCAGUGAGCACGGAGUUUCGGUUUAUUAUUUCUCAGCCCAAAAUGACGAGGAGGAAGAGGAACCGACUAUGAAGGAAAGAAUGUUGGCCUUCACCAUGAAAAUGAUCGACAUUUUCUGCGUAUGGGAUUGUUGCGAACCGUGGUUGAUUUUUCAAAAAUAUGUAGCUCUGAUAGUCUUCGAUCCUUUUGUGGAGCUUUUCAUCACGCUUUGCAUCGUUGUCAACACACUUUUCAUGGCACUUGACCACCACAAUAUGGAUAAAGAUUUGGAAAAGGCUCUCAAAAGUGGAAACUAUUUUUUCACUGCAACAUUCAUGAUUGAAGCUACGAUGAAGUUGAUAGCAAUGAGUCCGAAAUACUACUUCCAAGAGGGCUGGAACAUAUUUGAUUUCAUUAUUGUAGCCUUAUCUUUGUUGGAAUUGGGUCUGGAAGGUGUACAAGGUUUAUCCGUAUUGAGGUCAUUCAGACUGCUAAGAGUGUUCAAGUUGGCCAAGUCAUGGCCAACCUUAAACUUACUUAUUUCGAUUAUGGGUAGAACAAUGGGUGCUUUAGGAAACUUAACAUUCGUGCUGUGUAUUAUUAUAUUUAUAUUUGCCGUUAUGGGUAUGCAAUUAUUUGGUAAAAAUUAUACAGAUAAUGUUGAUAGAUUUCCGGACCAUGAACUUCCUAGGUGGAAUUUCACAGAUUUUAUGCACUCCUUUAUGAUAGUGUUUAGGGUAUUGUGUGGAGAAUGGAUCGAGUCUAUGUGGGAUUGUAUGUUAGUAGGUGAUGUUUCAUGUAUUCCGUUUUUCUUAGCAACGGUCGUCAUUGGCAACUUAGUGGUUCUGAAUCUCUUCUUAGCCUUGCUCUUGAGCAAUUUCGGCUCAUCUAGCUUAUCUGCCACGACGGCUGACAAUGACACUAACAAAAUAGCUGAGGCCUUCGACAGAAUCGGCCGUUUCAUAAAAUGGAUAAAGGCUAGUGCUAGACAUAUCGCAAAAAUGAUACGUUAUAAAUUAACAAACCAGAUAGCAGAUCAGCCGUCAGACGUUCGAGACGGCGGCUUAGACCUACCAAGUGACGAAAUACUGGCUGAUGGCAUUAUUUUCAAAGACAAGAAAAGCCCGAAAGAUAGGCUAGAAGUGACAAUAGGAGAUGGCAUGGAAUUCACGAUACACGGGGAUUCCAAAACCAAUCUGAAGCGUGGCAAAAAUAUCAACAACAUCAGUAGACAGAUGAUAGGCAACUCAAUUUUAGAUCACGGUGAUUUUCUGGGACAUAUAGACGAUGAUGAAAUUAGCAAUAAAUCGUAUGGCAGUCAUAAACAUAGAUUCAAAGAUGAAAGUCACAAAGGAAGUACUGACGUCUUGGAUGACCAAGAAGAAAAAAGAGAUGCUAGCAAGGAAGAACUUGGUAUAGACGAAGAGGAUGAGUGUGACUGCCAAGGACCUUUGGAUGAGGAGUUGAUUAUAGACGCAGCAACAGAAGACAUUAUCGUGGACGAAUAUUCUGCAGACUGUUUCCCAGAGAAAUGCUACAAAAAGUUCCCAUUUCUGGCGGGUGACGAUGACUCGCCCUUUUGGCAAGGUUGGUCCAACCUGCGAUAUAAGACAUUUCAGUUGAUAGAAAACAAAUACUUCGAAACAGCUGUUAUCACGAUGAUCUUGCUCAGCAGUCUAGCACUGGCUUUGGAAGAUGUGCAUUUACAACAUAGACCAAUCCUACAGGAUAUUCUAUAUUAUAUGGAUAGGAUAUUCACGGUGAUAUUCUUCUUCGAGAUGUUGAUUAAAUGGUUGGCGUUAGGGUUCCAAAAAUACUUCACAAACGCCUGGUGUUGGUUGGAUUUUAUCAUUGUGAUGGUAUCCCUGAUCAACUUUGUCGCAUCACUCUGUGGAGCAGGAGGUAUCCAAGCUUUCAAGACCAUGCGGACGCUCCGAGCUCUGAGACCACUGCGUGCUAUGUCCAGGAUGCAAGGAAUGAGAGUUGUAGUCAAUGCGUUAGUACAAGCCAUACCAUCCAUCUUCAACGUAUUGCUAGUGUGCUUGAUAUUUUGGUUGAUCUUUGCAAUAAUGGGGGUACAGUUGUUUGCUGGAAAAUAUUACAAGUGUGUUGAUGCAAACAAAAGUUACGUCAGUUACGAGAUCAUACCAGAUUUCAACGCUUGUAAAGCAGAAAACUACACCUGGGACAACUCAAGGAUGAAUUUUGACCAUGUCGGCAAAGCUUACCUAUGCCUCUUCCAAGUAGCAACAUUCAAGGGUUGGAUACAGAUUAUGAAUGACGCUAUAGAUUCCAGAGAGCUCAACAAACAACCUAUCAGAGAAACAAACAUCUACAUGUAUCUCUACUUCGUGUUCUUCAUUAUCUUUGGAUCAUUCUUCACUCUCAAUCUGUUUAUUGGAGUAAUCAUCGACAACUUCAAUGAACAGAAGAAAAAGGCAGGAGGAUCUCUGGAGAUGUUCAUGACUGAAGAUCAGAAAAAGUACUACAAUGCCAUGAAAAAAAUGGGUUCCAAGAAGCCAAUGAAGGCCAUACCCAGACCAAGGUGGAGACCGCAGGCGAUAGUGUUCGAGAUAGUGACGAAUAAGAAGUUCGACAUGUUCAUAAUGUUGUUUAUCGGUUUAAACAUGUUGACAAUGACAAUGGAUCAUUAUCAGCAAAAAGAGACAUUUACGAAAGUUUUGGACUCUCUCAACAUGAUUUUCAUAGUUAUAUUCACAACAGAGUGCCUCAUGAAAAUAUUUGCUUUGCGUUAUCACUACUUCACAGAACCAUGGAAUCUUUUCGACUUGGUGGUAGUGAUACUCUCUAUACUCGGAUUGGUGCUUAGCGAUAUUAUAGAAAAAUAUUUUGUCUCGCCUACGUUGCUAAGAGUGGUGAGAGUAGCUAAAGUAGGCAGAGUUCUUCGAUUGGUCAAAGGUGCUAAAGGUAUCCGCACAUUGCUUUUCGCGUUAGCUAUGUCACUGCCCGCGCUAUUCAACAUCUGUUUGUUGCUGUUUUUGGUUAUGUUUAUCUUCGCCAUAUUCGGUAUGUCGUUCUUCAUGCACGUCAAGGACAAGAGCGGAUUGGAUGACGUCUACAAUUUCAAGACCUUUGGACAAUCUAUGAUCCUAUUGUUCCAGAUGUCGACAUCUGCUGGUUGGGAUGGCGUGCUAGAUGGGAUAAUCAACGAAGAAGACUGCAAGCAACCUGACAACGAGAUAGGCGAGACGGGCAACUGCGGCAACUCAACCAUAGGAAUAGCUUUCUUGCUGAGUUACCUAGUGAUAUCGUUUCUUAUAGUGAUAAAUAUGUACAUUGCCGUCAUCUUAGAAAACUACUCGCAAGCGACGGAAGACGUCCAAGAAGGGUUGACAGACGACGAUUACGACAUGUAUUAUGAAAUCUGGCAACAGUUUGAUCCAGAUGGCACACAGUACAUACGAUACGAUCAGUUGUCUGAUUUCUUGGAUGUACUCGAACCACCACUUCAGAUACAUAAACCGAAUAAAUACAAGAUUAUCUCAAUGGACAUUCCAAUUUGUAAGGGUGACCUUAUGUUUUGUGUAGAUAUUUUGGACGCUCUGACAAAAGACUUCUUUGCUCGAAAGGGCAACACCAUUGAUGAGACUGCUGAACUGGCCGAGGUCCAAGGCAGACCCAAUGAGAUUGGAUACGAACCGGUGAGUUCCACCCUGUGGAGACAACGUGAGGAAUACUGUGCCCGGUUGAUCCAGAAUGCAUGGAGGAAGCAUCGGAAGAACAGAGAGGGCGCCACCGAUCAGUCGGACGAUGGAGAGGCGGACGACGAAAAUGAUGGGGAUGGUGAAGGUGACGGUGACGGGCCAGAAGCGCGACAGACGGCCGUCCUAGCAGAAAGAAACGGCCAUAAGGUGGUGAUCCACAGCCGAACGCCCAGUAUAAGCUCUCGAUCAGCUGAUGUAUGAGACAGGCCCCGCCCCUCCCCAACAACACCAUAGCCAACCCAAGGCUAUGCUUACCAAGCAUGCCCAAGGCUAUUCGACACGUUUGUUAUUCUCGACACUUAUUCAGCCUUCUCCAAAACAACUCAUCGUUACUUCCAUCGAACUGGUCUAUCACAUAUCGCGUUUGUGUUACGUUACCGUGGAGCUUUAAUUAUGCCUUCGUCAGCUAAUAUACAAUUUAUGCGUAUUUUUGUUUGAUAGAUUCUGCACUAACUUAGUAUACUUAUCGUAACCUUACUCAUAGGGAGCUUAAGUCUCGAUAUUUGACAACCAACCUUCUGCAGAUAGUCUACUGUUUUGGAUCAAUUAAUGAAGCCACAAAUAACAACUGUGUAUUAUGAUUUUUGACCACAGAAAUAAUUUCUCCGAAUUGAAAACUGGCUACAAUUUUUAAUAAAAAAAAAUUGUUGAUGGAGGCUAGAAAUAAAUUUAAGUCAAUUUUAAGCAACUCUCUUGGACCCUUAGGAGGUCCUCCAAAGGAUUCUUCAUUAGCUGCUUUUAACUAUCGAAAGAGGUAGGGAUACGACCCAGUGAAGUUUCCUUUAUAUAUUAGCUAUGAAACGGCUAACGUUCGCCCAGAAUGGCUUCUCAUAUUGUUAGUGCAACUGGGCAGUUGCAAAUCAAGUGCUUAACGGUUUCAUCCCUCUAUUCACUUUCCCUAUCCAACGACGUGUUAUUGGGCGUCUUAUUUCAAAGCAAACCGAGCAUUAGCCAUGACACUCUGACAUCAGUUUUCACUUGGCUAUCAAUUUGAUAGUUUGUUCAUUAAAUCUUGCGAACUGUCAAAUCUGUUCCACGGCUAGCAUAAAAGCUCUGCACCUUUAUUUCAUACUCUUGAGAUACUUGCUUAGCUGACAAUGUCCAGUCGCAAGCAGGCUACGAUGGGUAGAACGUUCAGGAGUUCUGGACCCAAAAUUCUAGUUUUUCUUUUUGCUGGUAUACCAGCUGUGAUAUUCGUCUUCGUUGUAAAUGAUCAUUCGCCCAGACUGCAGUUAUAUUACUGUUUGUGACACUUGAGUAGUGUUGCCGUACCGAAAAACAUGAAAUUGGUAGAUAGUGCCGUUGAAAUUCGGUAGAUUCAAGGACAAAAUCGGUAGGAGAAAAAAAUUAAGGCCAUCGUAAGAAUAGCGGUCUCCUUUGCGUCAUACAGCGCUGGUUAUGAAAAAAAGUAUAUUUUUAUUUUGCGCGUGCAUACACAACAGGUAUUUGAGUCCAUCUUUUCCUGAAAAAAUAUACGUUUUUUUAUUACAACUUAGACAAUGAGCAUAUUGGUCGCUCCUUUACAACCAUCCUGGAAACUUCUUUCUCCAUUCUUGGUUAUAAGGUUUUUCCGUUUUACCCCUGAACUUGAAGCUUGAUUACCUGGCAUUUGUAUUUAAUAUUUAUUUCAAAACAUACCAUCUUUGGUUUUACCAUCAGUAUGCACGUGUUGUACUCACAGAAACCGAUACAGCGAAAGCGGAGUAAGCGAUGUGCGCUCGUAAUUAUAUAUAAUCUACGUUCCUCGUAUCUAAGUGUACACAUACAUAUAUAUGAUUAGUAUGGGACAUAAAACUACAUGUAAUUCAUUUUUUUAGCUUUGUUUUUGGUUCCAGCUCUUUUUGGGUAAAAAAUCUGGAAACGUGAAUUAUUUUGAAAAAUCGUGGAAAAUGAGGACUUUUUCGGGAUUUCGGAAAAUAAGGUACCAUUUCGGUAGGAAUACCGAAAAAUCCGUAGGUUAGUCAACACUGCACUCAAUAGUCAGUAUUACCUGUCUGUUAUGAAUGCACAUCUUGACAUUUUUUGUAAAUAAUGGAGUCCAUAUGGUGACUUUCAGAGAAAAUGUCAAUAAUAUCUUCACGAUCUGGUUGUUUAAAAUUUUGGGUGGUCCUAUCGACUCAACCUCUAGAAGCAGCAAUUAAAUAUACGGUUGUUUAUCGUUACAUAAGAUUUCGUUUCUUAAUCCAAGAUUGCGGAACACUUGCCAGAAGUUUAUGGCAAAAUAUCUGAUUUAUGCUCCAAGUAUGGUAUAUUAUAAAAUAUACGCUAUAUAGUUAAAAAUAUCUAACUGCCUUUGAAUAGGGUCAAAUGUCAAGAAAAUAUAUAUAGUAGAGGGCUAACUUACGUUGGAAAAGCACAAGGCAAUUAAUUGUUGUAGAGAAUUUUCUAUAUCAUUACCAUACAAUACCAUAGUGACUUAAAUAAGACUUUGUUUUUUCGCUUCGAUAGCACAUCGACUCGGAAGCAAUUUCUUUCCUAUAAUUUCAUUCGAAAUCCCACGAAUCUCAAGAUAUUAAAAAUCAAAAUGUUCGAAAAAAUAGGAAAACCUCUUGUUAUUGUGACUUGCAACAAUUUCAUACUAUGUGCUUUUUGUGGCAAUUUGACCCCUCUAUUUUACACAACAUUACUAAGGUAUAUGCAAAAUGUUUAGCCAUUGUUUUUGAAUUAAAAAUUAAUCUAGUGCAGAAUAACAAUUCAAAGAUACGCUAAGUUCCGAGUAUACCGGCUGAUACAAGGAAGUGUGCCACACAUAACUUUUUACGUCAGAAAAUCGGACUUAGACCAAAGACAUAUGGGCAUUCUGGUACCUACACUAACCAAUAGCCAGAACAAAGAUACUGAAUCGACUGUCAGUUCCCAAUGACGGCCUGUAUCCAUGGUAAUUAAUGACAAUUUGAAUUUUGGUUUUUAAGACAGCUCAAAUGAUGGAGAAGAUUGAAUAUAGAAUUUAAUAAUAUGCAUCAAGAUUUUCUUAUAUUGACGCUUCAAACAAAAAUUAACGAAGCUUCGGAUAUUUACCUGGUGCAUUUACCACGGUGCACAAAAAGUAUUUUGUGCCGUUUUUCUGAAAGGGCACAACAUACAUGUAUCGACAGUAUCCAAUUUUCAUGAAAGAUCAGCGGUGUACUUAGAAAAUCAAAGUUACAUUUUAAAAAAGAAACUACUCGUAAUCAAGUAAUAAAAGCAAUAUUACAAUUUGAUGGAGAAAUAGAUGCAUUAAGAGCAAAUACUUUAGCGGUAGCAGACAAUCGGACACAUCGGAAUCGCAUUUCUUAUUUUGAAUGAAAGGACCUUUAAAAUUUCAUAUGAUUUAGUGAAAUUGGUUAGCGUGCCAGAGAUAAUUUAUUUUUGCUCAUGCUGCUUUCACUAGGAUGUAUCAAAAAAUAGAAAAGUUAUAAUGGCGGCUCGCCGUCUUGUAUCAGCCAGUACAAAAAAAUCGAGGGCUGAAGUUCCAAAAUAUAUUUUUCGCAUAAGUGUCCGAAAACCGAAUGUGUUCGAGACAAUAACAAUACGUGAAGUCUGUGCAGUGUAGUUUGAUGGAGAGAGUAUCGUUUUUCGAGUCAACUGUUCCGCUGUUCAUAUUACUAUUGACUAUAACUAUUGACUGUGGUAAAAUCAUCUGUAGGUAAUAGUUGUAUGACCAGUAACUAUGUGAUCUAGUUGAAUAUAAAAUGACACCAAAUGGAGUUAGUGUCCCAGCACUUACUCUACUUAGGGUGUUUACGUUAUCUGACAAUAGAAACACAUAGUUCACCAGUUGAUAUGUUAUUUUUUUUAAACUAUUCGAAUUUUCGUUGAAUGUCAGCAUUGUGAGCUUAUCACAAUCUGAUGUUAUCUGUUUGUUACUAGUGGUUAAUUUUACGUAUACCAGAGUAUCUAUAAAUCGAACCUUCAGAGAUUAUUGAUUUCAAAUCAACUUGAUAUUUCGUUAAGAUCUAUAGUUUAUGAUUUAAUAUAGGUUAAUCAAAUAUUUUUGUUAUUUUCAAAGUUUAUAAAACUACCAGGUGGUUUAUUUGCUCUGAGACAACGUAACGUGGCAUUGUGCUUGACCUUGAUAUUCAAGGUCAUUUGUUAUUGAAUUGAAAAAUUCAUUAGACACUAUUUUAACAGCGAAAAUCUAGAGAUGAUCGAGGUCAAAAGUAUGGCAUUUCAUGCGAGUGUCUUAAUUGACCUCCAAUGGUCUUAAAUGCAUAUUCAAGCUCAACAUCUAACGACACUUGAUAAAUUACAACCUUUGCGUCUUGAAUUAAUCUCAAACAAAUUCAUAUCAGACAACCAGAUUCCAUUAUUCAAAUUUCUAGGAUUAACCUUGGUAAAGGUCGUGACCAAGGUCAGCAAUAGUUGAGCCUCUUUGAACUUCAUAUUUUUUGCCAUAAAGAACUAAGCAUCUAAAAAAUGCACCAGGUUGUCUUAAGAUAAAUGGACCUCUCUAUGUAUUUAACUUUGAUAGGACUCUAGUGUCUUUCUUUCAUCUGAAUGUCACACAGGAAGAAGUUGGUUCAUUGUUUUUUCAAUUAUCAGUGAUACCUUUUUAUUGGAACUUUGGUAUCCUAAAACUAGCCACUAAGUUACGUAUGACUUAAUAACCAAAAGAAAUAAAGUACUUUGAACUUUACACAUUUCAUGUGAACCAUGAAAUUUGAUCCAUACUACAAUUUUUAAAGUCAUAUUUAUAAUAUGCGUUUAUUGUAAUGAAUUAGUCAGCUUUUGAACAGGAACUGUAUCAAGGCAGAAAAUUGGAAUUCAGUUCACCUAAUACUUUUUAGGCAGUUGGAAGCAAUUGUUCCCAAAGUGCUCCCAAAACCGAUGUCGUCGGUCAACCAGUGUUGUUGAUAUAUUAAAGAAGUAAUUGUUCGAAAGUUGAUAAUUCACCUUGACACAGCAUAAAGGUGCAUAUUUUUGACAACUUUUAUAUAUAUACAUUUUGUUUUUUCAUUAGCAAUUGCACGAAUACAUAAGCGUAGUAUCAAAAAAGUGCAUUUUUCAACAAUACAACUUCUGACUAAAGUUAUAUAACACGCGUCUUAUGGUUUUAACUAUAUUUCUUUGUAAGAUUGUGAUUACUGUGCUAAGCUGCUACAAUGAUUUUCUAAGUGAUGUAUCAGCAAAUUGAAGCUCCAGUUGUCGAAAAAAUGGAAAAUGAAACGAUAAAACCUAGGAUUGGAUAUUAGCUGAGAAUAUAUCAAGGAUUUCAUGAACUUUCUAUACUUCACCUUCUUAUCUCUUAUUCUUUCACAAUAUGGGAAAUUGAGAUGUUUCAUGCCUUAGUUGAAAUCAAAUAUUCAAUUAUUUUCGACAGGUUUCGAAAAAGAGGCAGUUUCUACAUGAAUUGUAUAUUUAGAGCGGUAGGAAAUUAACAGGCAUAAAGGAUCAGAGUUCACCCCUUUAUUCUGUAAAAAAUUGAGUUACCAAUCACUUGCAUAACAAAUUCGUGAGGAUAUUGAGAACAACAUAUCUCUAAGCACGCUAUAUUAAUGUAUUUAUUGUAUAUUCAAUGUGGUAUUAAUAUAAAUAACAUUUGAUAGAUUCGAAUACUGCUUUGCUGUGCGUUGGUCUUCUAUUAUCUGUAGAGUGCACUUCACAACGCUCAUACCUGCUUAUACAAGGUGUUCCAGAAUAUGUAGCCAAUCUCUUGGAUUCAUAAUAAAAAAUAAUGUGACAACGUUUCUUCUUUGAAAAUUUAGGUGAGACCCGGGUAAAGUGAGUACAUUAAGCUUCCUGCUGUUAUUACAGGAAUGCUAAUUGUAAUAUAGAAUUGAGGAAAUCGUCUUAAAUGAUUAUCAAUCCAUCCAUCUUGAAAAAUGAACAAUAAUUGUGAAGUGAAGAAUACAUAUCAUGAAUGAUUACGAACAUAAUUUCAUACAAAAUAGAUAAACCAAACAGAAUGACCACGGACAAAUUCUGGAAAUUGUUCAUGACAUCACUGAGAGCAUACAUUACCUUGGUUGAGUUUAUCAAUUCACAGUUUUGCACAAAUUAAUUGCGGUUUUCCCACGAGGAUACUUGAUUUUUUUCCAUCUUUAUAUCCUAUUUGCAACAAGAAAACAAUUUUGAAUUCACAAACAACAAAAAUAACGAUACAUGUGAAUAUGGUAUCCACUUUGCCCUAUUAGGUUAUGGUAAACGGUAUAAAACUGGAAUUCAAUCGGUCAUUGAAAAAACCUCAUAAAGCACUAAAAAUUGUCAUUGACAAAAAAACAGUUUUGAAGUACUUUGUUGUAUUUAAAUUUUAUAGGAUCAAAAUCUCGAAUAACCUCAACAGUUUAAUAAUAAUAAUAGAAAAAGUCCGAAAAACUGUUCUGGAGUUACGUUGUUUUAGCAGGAAAUAGGUCAGGGUGCCCGAAAAGUUGCGAAAUUCCACGAUAAGUUGUGAACUAAUAAUGUUGAAAAAAAUAGCAGAAAAUUUUACGUUCAAAUAUUCUUGACCGUUCUCAAAUUUUGACCUUGUGCGGUCAUGUUCAAGGUCAAACCCGGGUACGGUGAUAUAAUUUGAAAGCCAGUAGUCGUAGAGAGAAACUACCGAGUCAUUACUUCCAUGAUUUUUCCUCCGAUAUCCAAUUAUGACCAUGGAUAUGACCUUGGCCAUGACCAUCAAGGUCAUUUGAAGAUCAAUUUUGAAAUGGCGAAAAGGGAAACUAUUGUUCGAAUAUGUCCUUGACCAUUUUUGGAACUCGACCUUGGACUUGAACAUCAAGAUCAAACACAUGUUUACCCUAAUUUCGUGAUAAUUCAGAAAAUUGUAUAAUCACCAGAUACACUGACUUGACUGUUCUUUCAGAAUUGUUUCCUGACUUCAAAAAUCGACUCAUGGUUAAGGUCACAUCCAAGGUCAUCAUUGGGUAUCUGGCGUCAAAAUUUAAGAAUAGUCAAGACCAUAUUUGAACGUAAAAUUAUCCGCUCUUGUCAUUUACUGUGUCAAAGAUGGAGGUUUCCAUUUAAGAAAAUCGACUUGAAAUGGCCUUGAACAUCAUAGACAAGGUCAAAUCCAAGGUCAUCAUUGAAUCGCUGGACAAAACUCCAUCAAUCGCGGGUAAUUUCAUAUUUACACUAUCUAUACCGACAGCUAUUUUUAAAUAUUUAGCGUUCAUACAAAUGAGGAUUGAUUGAGUAGAUAAGUGAGUGGAUAAGGCAAAUUUGAUACUAUGCUUGCCCAAAACCUUAUUUUUGUAGUUAGUGAAUUCAAAUUUGGUAUUUUGGUAAUAUAUGAAAACAAAACAUAAAAGACCCUGGUAUUGUUUUUGAGAAUCCAGGUCUUAUCAUGUUUAUGCAAUAAACGUCGAUUACGCGAUAUUAUUGUCUUAGGAAGUGUAUACUCAGAAUAAGCAUCAACCUUCAAUGAUUCGAUAUCAUUAAAAAUGCAUGUUAGACUUCCAGGGGUUUUUGAAAUGAGCGAUUCAAUGAAUAUGAGCACAACACCUAUUCUGUACUAGGACUAGCGAUAAAAUGUGUUUUAUUUAGCGGUAGUAAAGUUAGUCAUUUUCCCAGUGGCUUUCUUUCGUACCUGCGGAAAACAUAUACGAUUUUUUAUUGGAUCGUGUCACAUUAUUUUUCCCAUCCUAAUAAAUCUGAAAAAAGCCUGUUCACCAGAUGAAAAUUGUAGCUUCUCAACAUCGAUCGAAACGCUGUGAAGCACAAAUACUACAGAUAAUGGAAGCACAACGUAGUUCGUGAAUUUAUAAGCAACUUUAUUUAAUAAGACGCGUGUGAUAAUUUCUGUAAAGUCACAAAAGUUUAUAAUCAUAAUGGUGCUUUCUUCAAUUGCUGAUAUUCAAGCUAUCUUCACAUGCUACAUGGAACGCUAAAAUGGGGAAGGGGCGAAUGGGAAAUGCAAAUAAAUUUUUUAUGCCUCAUACAAUAUGGAUAUAAAUUUAUAUUAUUAGUGUGUAUGUGUGUCCAGGUAUACGUGGUACUUUUUCAUCUCUCAUGCAUUCUGGUGGUGUAAGGCACGAGCUUCAAGUAUUUUUAUAACGCUCGCAUAUCUCACAAUUUGCAAGUGAAGAACCCUAGCAUCAGACAUAUAUGAAAAGUGAUUACAGUGUAUCCUUGUCCCGCAGAUAUAAACCAAUUGUUAGUUUUUUUUUCCAUAAUCGCCCAUUCGUUAACUGUACUAUCACGAGUGCACAGAGUACUACCAUUGACGACAGCUUGUCAACGCUUGUCAUUAACGCCAACUUGCGUCCUAUGUGUUGCUGUGACAUUUAGGAUAUUGGAUUUACUUACUUCUACUGUUGUUGAUGGUUAUAUUCAACAUAAAAAGCUCUACAAAAUAUGAGCAAAUAUAAAUUUUGUGAUUCUGUAGUUUGACGUAUGACAUUCGUGACGUCAGAGUAAUGAAGCGAGUACCCCUGGGAACCGACAGUAGCUUUGCAUCUGUAUAAUCUGUGCACGCGUGUCAUGUUGAUGGGUGGCAUAAAAACGCGCGCCAAUAACGCUCGUGUGUACCGGCGCUUAGCACGGUAUAGUUAUGCAACUAUCUUCCAUUUUGAUACCUGACUAUAAGGUUCCUGAAUCUGAUACCAAGAAACAUAUUUUCUUCGAUUUGACAAUCACUUUUUUCGUGUGUACUGACUGAGGGUUCAUUACAUUUUUCAUUUUUAUAGCACGUACUUUAUCCUAGUCUAUCUACACUCAAUAUAUAGCCAGAUUUUCUGUGAUCAUUGUCAUUUCGGAUAAGUUUGAGAAAGUAUUGCGAAUACCACUGCAAAAAAUUUAAGUAACGAGAAAUACAACUGACGCUGUAGUUCUGCGUUAUGAGAUCUGUUAUAUUAUUUCGUUAAAUUAAUUAUUAGUAUAUUAUUGUUAAAGAUUUUAUAUAAAUAUGAAAUGCGGAAAGUGUUUAGGUUUCUCUCAUUUUCUAACCGCAACAGAUGUUUGACAAAUAAGUUCAUAGAACUUUACCAUUAACCUCGAUGCUUUUGGAGUACAUAAUCACAUAGGCACGUUUAUGAAAUUAUAAACACAGUUAACUAGUGCUGACCUAGAGCCUAAUCCGUCUACCUAUGAGCCCACUGGGCCCAGGCCGAGGACCCUGGCUUGAUGGCCCCCCCAAAAUGCUCAACAAUCAAAGUCUGAGUACCUCCAACUCUCUCUUCAAUUUACCACAAAGGCAAAAUAAGGCCCCAGGGGCCCCUUCAUCCGCAGGCUCCCAGCUCCCUGUGUACCCAGGGGCUUCUUCAUAGCUUACGACGGCCGAGCCUAGAGUAUAUCUUAUCAUUUGCUUCAAAUGAGAUUUGUAAAUCUACAGAGAAAUCAGAUCUCAUUCCGAGUACUUCUGCUGCAAGGAUCAUCGUUAGGUAUGGUAAAACUAACACAUACCAUUCAAGAAAUCAAACUGCUCCUAUUAUUUCCGAAGUCAAAAAUAGAAAGAAAAUGGUUACAUGAUCUUUAAAUGUAUCUAAAGAGCUCGAAGCAUUUUUGAUAACAGAAGCUUACGAUUUCAGUAAUUAAAUAUUCCAUUCCUGUUUAUUAAGCUAGAUGAGUUUUAAAAAAACGUCACAUAGUCAAUAAAAAAUAGGAGGUGUGGAAAAGUAAUGAGACUGAUUUUUUAUUAUCCUUUCCAAAGUAGUUGAGUUGGGCAGCUGCAGACCGAUAGAGACUUUGUUUCCAGUCUUGAUACCAUACCUUUUCAAAGGUCACACUAUCAGAUUUUCCAAGCCUAACACAAUUCAAUGACACAAUGUAUACACAUAUUCCGCUGUUCUAUUUUGAGUGACACACAAUCAAAACACAACUUCACUAACAGCACUUCAAAAAAUUACCGAACGAAGUUGAAACUUUAAAUGCGUCAAGGAAAGCUACUGAGACAUGUGACCUAUGUAGGAGAACAGCGCAGCGUUACCAGAUUGCUGCUGCUAGUUUCAUUACUUUUCUGCCACACCUCGUACUGUUAAACGUAACUAAAUAUUAUAAAAAUGUGCUGCAAGAAAUAUCUUGUAAUUCAGUUUUACCAAUAUACUGGGUAUGGGUAGGAAAAUAAAAAUAUGUUGUUUCCGACUUUGUCACGUGAAAAGCCACUUUAUAUAGCACAAUAGCUUUUGCUUCUCCAACCAUUGCAUGCGAGUUUCUGCUCAAUCUGCUGCUAUUCCCAAGCAGUAGAAGGCAGGAAGUCGCAAUGUAAUCAUCGCAAGUUUCAAGAAAUAAAGAAACGUUAAAUCACGCUAAAAAUCCGCUACCAACAUGCCACUUUCACGAAUCUUGUUUUGUUGGUGUGUUCCAACAUCUCUCUGGCAAUGACUUGUAUAUAAUCAUAUCUGUAGAUAUUUGGUGUUCUAAAAUUGUUGGGCAAGUUCUCGGAUUUAUGUAGGACCAAUGAUUAACGUUUUUUACCUGGAAAUAGUCAACCGGCCUCCAAAAAGUUAUCCGAGAUGAAAUGAGAUAUCCUGGCGUAAUCUAUAAGAAUUUGUCGUAGCUAUGUUUCUUCCUCGGUAAUAUUGGGGAAUCUACUUCAAACAGGUGUCUCAUAGUUGGCUACAGUGCCAUCUAUGAGACUCUAAACUUUUCAAGGUAUAUUUCGAAUUACGAGGAGUAGAAACAUAGCUGUGACAAAUUCACAUAGAUGACGCCAGGGUAUCUCAUUGCACCUCGGAUAAUUUUUUGGACGCCGAAGUACAGUUGGCUAUCUUCAGGUAAAAUACGUUAAUAAUUAACAGAACAAAAAAUAAUACAUGCCGUAUCAAGUUUGGGAAGUGAGCCAUUAUUGGACGCGUAACGCCGACGGAUAUACUCUGGCCUUCUCAAGCGAGGUAUAACUGGAUUUCUUUCACUGCUAAAUAUUCGACUUUCACGAUGAUGAUGUUUCCAGCAUACUUGUAUUUGACAAAUACUUAAAAAAAACAGUCGCCAGAUGUGAAAAUCAUAAACUGAAAUUAUUCUACGUAUCAUACAGGGCUGGUUAGGGAUUCAUCAAGUCAGUAGCUUGAUAUUUGUAGAAACUACUUGACUUGAAUUACUUGAAACGUUAAUACUUGACUUGACUUGGUUUUUCAUUGGUCUACUUGACUUGAGGUCAAUCAUUUUCAAACUACUUAGUGUUUGAUGACAAAUUAUAUUUUUUUCUUAAAGUGAUAUUUAUUUGUACAACCGAUAUCAACAUCAGCGUCCAGUGAAAGGGAAUUUUCUACGGCUACACUGACCAUUAUGGAAUACCGCAACAGAUUUAGCAACAAUCAUUUAGGACCCUCACGAGUCUUAACUCCUGGUUAGUCGGGCCGCGAGUUCGAAUCUCGCCUUCGAUGUUGUGGUGUCAUGUGGAUUGUUUAGAAAUUUAAAUAAAACAUUGGAUCUGGCUGAUGGGAUGAAAGUCCUGGUGCCAUAAAUAACUCCUUUUUAGCGAAUGAGAAGCUAAUUCACAUUUUUUUUUUUGUUGUAUUAGCUGAUGAAGUUUUAGUUUUUUCUAUUUUAGUUUACAAUUUUAUUUGUUAUACGAUAAACAAAAUAUUUUGUUCAACAUGUUGUUUUCUCUGUAACUUGUCACAAAGUCUUUCUGUUGUGUAUUUAUAAUCUACUUGUAUUUAUAUUACAAAAAUAAUCUAAUAAUAUCAAGGCUACUUGAAUUUUCAAGUACUUGACGUAAGAACUACUUGACUUGAUUUACAUUGCUAAUAUCUGAUACUUAACUUGAGCUUGAUUUCUCAGGUUAUUAAGAAAAUUACAUACAUGAAUCCGAAGGUUUGCCCAUAUUUGUAACAUCCUGUAUAUCAGUAAUAAAGUAUGUUACUAAAUUCACAUUCACCGGAAGGAGCGUUAAACCAGUUAUAUAUUAAUGAACCAAUUUCUCUUUAUUCCAAAACAUCUGCUCAUCGGCUGUCAUAUGUUGAGCACUGUUCUUCCAUAAUGCCUUUCCAGAAAAAUGUGCAUAAAGUGCUAAAUAUAUAUAUUUACAUCGAUGCGAAAUAAUAAAUUAUAUGAAUAAAAAGGGCAAUAAUAUACGGUUGUUGAUGUUUAAUACUUUAGGGAAUUUAGUGUUGUGUAAAUAUAUAGCUGAAUAUCUGAAGAACAUUGCCUUAUUCGCUGGUUUGCUUACGAUAGUUGGUCAACCUGAUCUUUAGUCUUUCAGCUGAAUUUUAGAACGGUUCUAUGGGGGAUGAGUAAUUUAACGGGUGCUUCAAAUUCGAUUCUCACGACUCGUCUUGCUGGAAAACUGCUCUAAACUAUCGAUAUGCAAAUUAUUAGGUAUUAGAGGUGGAAAAAGAUUAAUUUUCCCUAAUUCAAUCUUAAGACGGCAUUUCACAAAAAUGCUAUUUUUUUCUCUAAAAAUAGAGUUAAAUUUUUCGGUGGUGAUUCCAGCUAACUCAAGAGAUGCUUUUUGAAAAGUUGUUUCAAAAUACAGAAAACGAAUAUUUGAUGCAUUGCUCCAAUAUUUUUGCAUUAUCGGUAAUUCAAAUUCGAUGAAAGAACGAAGAAGGUCGUCCAACCAAUACACAGAUGCAAAACUAAACACUUUCCGUAACCAAACUGCAAAGUGAUAAUAUAUUUAUACAGGCAAUCGCUACUAUAUAAAAUUUUGUUAUCUGCCCUCAACUUUCCUUAGUUUAUCUUGUUAAUAUUUUAUUUGAAAUGGUUGUAGAAGUAAUGAAAAAUGACGUUUCUGACUCAAAAUGUUAACAUAAGAUAUACAUGUUUUCCUACAUUUUGUUUGUUAGAAAGAUUAAGGACUUUUCCUGAAGCGAUUUUUGAAAAUACAAUCUUUUUCAUUCUCACACAUCAUUGACUUGGUAGAAAUUUUGCACUUAUUCACAUCAUACACUUUCAACUCCUUGAAAUGUUUCAUGCACCCUAGAAUAAAAGAAAACUGAAAUUUUCUCCCAUCACGAGAAUGAAUGUGGAAAAACUUAACUUCUACUUGAUAUUUUCAAAACAGCUUAAGAGAGGCGUUCAUUGCUACAAAUGUUCAGGAUAUAUGAAAAUCUACUUUAAUAUAUAUACUAUAUAUAUAUAUAUAUACAUUUUGAAUCAGACAGGUCAUUUUGCACUGUCCUUUUGACAAAUGAAACUAUAAUGGUUGAGUAUGAGUCUGUUGUUAUAGAGUACUGCAUUUGGAUAAAAAAAGACAUGCAUACAGCAUGAGAAUCCUCCAAAACAUACAUAUUGCUGUGUGUUAGAGACCUAUGCACCUCUUUAAAAUGAAGAGAGAAUAUAUAUAGAUUGAAUCAGUAGCUAUGGAUGAAACCUGAGAGUUGUAUUUAAAUAAUAAUAAUUUCAUAGGAAAUAUAGAGAAUUGUGGAUCUGUAUAUAUUCUUAAGUUGAUCUUCGCGAUUAUUCUAGAUGUACAUUUGUUGUAAGCUUUCCUACGUAAAAUGCAGAACUAUCUAUAUUUUUAGGCUCAUGAAAGAGAUGAAUGUAAAUUUAAGAAAGAAUUACCUAUCAUACCUAUUGACAAAACACAAAAACAUAACACAAAGGACAUGGAACAAUUUGCACAUGACUGUAUACAUGCUUUUUUAUAUUUUGCGUAAAAUAGUUUAUAUAAAUCGUGUAGAUACGUGUUAACUAAUUUAAAAUGUGGAAACAUCGUAUCUACAUUCAAAAACUCAUUCAUGUAAAAUAUAAAUGAAUAAUCAUAGUAUUACAACAUAUAUGAUACAUAUAUAAUUUUUCUAAGCAGUCGUUGUUUUUAGGAUAGCUAUUGGUAUAUUAAAUUCUGAUUUAUAAGCUUUGCGAAAAAUAUAAAGCGAUUUCGAUUUACUAUAAAAUAACUUACGUUUAUCA